CGGGAAUUCACGUGUUGUCGUGUUGUUCUAGUCAAACAAACCCAAUCUGCCCUCUCCCCGCCUAUAUAUUUAUUUAUCUCUCCAUCCAGCGCCUUUGUUUUACCUCUUCUUGAACAAAUUAUUCUUCCUUCUGCUCUCUCUAAUCCAAGCCUCUUUCGUCUCUCUAAACUUAAUCAGAGACACCAUGACAGGCAGAGAAAUCCUCCACAAAAUGAAGGAUAUCAGGCAAGUAAAGCUUUUGAAGCUUUUCUGCCCAUUGCAAUGGUCACUGGUUAAAGCGAUACAAUGUGCAUCUGGAUCUGAAGCAACAGUGAAAGGUAAAGGCAAAGUGUCAAACCAUGUUACUUAUGGCUCUCACCUGGUGAAGGGGAAAUCACAUCAUGCUAUGGAAGACUAUGUCGUUUCUGAUCUCAAACAUGUACACAACCAUGACCUUGGCUUGUUUGCAAUAUUUGAUGGCCAUUUGGGCCAUGAUGUCGCAAAUUACUUGCAAAACCACUUGUUUGAUAAUAUCUUAAAAGAGAAAGACUUCUGGACUGACACAGAGAGUGCAAUAAGGAAUGCAUAUAAGAAAACAGAUGAGGAAAUACUGGCGAAAGCGCUCACCUUGGGCAAAGGAGGAUCCACUGCUGUCACAGCAAUAUUGAUCGAUGGCGAGAAGCUUGUAGUGGCAAAUGUGGGAGACUCCAGGGCUGUGCUGUGCAGGAAUGGCCUCCCCAAACAACUGUCGGUCGAUCAUGAACCGAGCAAAGAGAAGCGAAUGAUCGAAAGUCGGGGUGGUUUCGUAUCAAACAUUCCUGGUAUGCAGCAGUUCUUCCCAGAAUGUGCAGGGGACGUUCCACGUGUCGACGGACAGUUGGCAGUGGCGAGGGCAUUUGGUGACAAGAGCUUGAAGAUACACCUCAGCUCGGAGCCUGACGUGUCUGAGGAGGCAGUAGAUGAUGAAGCCGAGUUCAUCAUUCUAGCAAGUGAUGGCAUUUGGAAGGUGAUGUCGAAUGAAGUGGCAGUGGACUCCAUCAAGGCGAUAAAGGAUCCUCAAUUAGCAGCGAAGCACCUGAUCGACGAGGCCCUUUCGAGGAAGAGCAAGGACGACAUAUCUUGCAUAGUUGUAAGAUUCCAAUAAUACACUGUAUAUAUGGAUCCCUGCAGAUGGUGAAAAAUCACCAGCUGUUGUUCUAUUGUAUCAUGCAUGUGUGUGUAUUGCAACCCGUAUAAAAGCUUCUCUUUUUUUGGAUUUGGAUGGCAGCUAGCUAGCCAGCCCCGUUUUUUUUGUUCUGCUAUCCCUGUAUAAUUAAGCAAAAUGGAUCUCAGUUCUGUUCAAGUUCUCAACUUCUUUGGAUGUAGUUAACGUUUCUGUUUUCCGGCGAGAAAACUAGC